AUAAGCGCAGUAUUUCUUGCCACUGAUCAUCUAGCUAGAUAUUGUUGUUUUUAUUUUUAGAAAAAUAGGGACUUCGAUUUUUAUGAACUCGAAUUAAAAUAUUUUCUUAUAAUAACUUAACUCUUUUACAUAGACAUUUAGAAACACUGCGGGACAAAAUGCCUAGCUAUUGUUGUGCUUUUGGGUGUAAUAAUAGCUCGGCUAGAAGCGAAUGCUUAGAAAAAGGAAUUUCUUUUCAUAAAUUUCCAUUGGAAAAUAAGGAUUUAUUGAAAAUAUGGCUUUCUGCUUUGAAGAGAGCAAAUUUUAAGCCAAAUAUUCACUCUAAGAUCUGCUCGGAACACUUCACUCCUGAUUCAUUUGACAUCCAAAAUUUUUCGAAUCGUCGUUUUAUUAAGGAAUCUGCUGUACCUUCUAUUUUUAAAUUCAAUUUUAAAAAACCACCCAGAGUUCAAUCAUCUGAUCCAACAGUUCUUAGAGAAUUGUCUUCUUUCUGUUCAGCUCCUGGCUGUAAUAAUUUUUCCAAGCGGAAGGAGUGUUUAGAGAAAAACGUUACUUUCCAUCCUUUUCCCCUGAAAAAUGAAUUUCUAUUAAAGUUUUGGCUUGUUCAAAUGGAUAUGAUUGACUUUAAACCAGAUUCCACAAGCUUCCUCUGCUCUGAGCACUUCGAAGAAGAUUGUUUUUCCUAUCACAAAAUCUCUGGGAAAAAAGCCUUAGAGAAAGAUGCUGUUCCAACAAAAUUCAGAUCAAAAUCAACUAUUGAAAAACCAGAUCCACCUGGUGUAUGUACAGAGCCUACUGUUUUGCGCAUAACGGAAGCCAAGAAGCGGAAAUAUGUAGAGUGUGAUGAUGACUUUGACUUCAACCGCAGUUCUGUUACAAUACCUGAAUGUAUAGAUGCUUCAGUGCAAACUGCUGUCUCUGGUGUGUCUACUCAACUUUUACUGCAAGCCAGUUCAUCAGAAUAUUCUACAGUAUUUCUUGGCUCUAAAGACGCAGGAAUGCAGACUCGAAUGGACGGAAUUUCAGCUCUACUUAUAGAAAACACUUCACUUCAGAAGGAGUUAACUGAGCUGAAAGCAAAAGUAGAUCGACUCACUUUCAGAGUUGAAGGAAUAAAAGAUGACAGUUUGAUGAAAUCUCUUUCUGGAUUCUCUGCAGAACUUUUCAAGGCUAUCUAUGAUUACUUGUUUUUAGAAAAGCACCUGACAACUUAUUCUAAUAUAUCACCUUAUAAUCAGUUCUUUGCAUUUUUAAUCUACCUGCGAACAGGUAUUUCUCAGUUUUUUCUUUCCAUUUUGUUUAAAAUAGGUCAACCGAGUACAUCGAGGAUAUUGAGCAAUGUUUCGAGUUUCAUGUACAACAGAAUAAGACCUAUCAAAAUCUGGCCUUCAAGAGAACAAAUAAACAGAAAGAGUUCGCCCAUCUUCUUUCGCCACUAUCCCAAUUGCCGAGUUAUUCUGGAAACGGUCGAGCUCCAAAUACAGCGUCCAACUAGUGUGCAAACUCAGCGGUUGACUUUCAGCACGAAAAAAAAUACCUACACCAUCAAGGGAUUGGUUGGAAAAACUCCGACUGGUGGUAUCUCUUUUAUAUCAGAUGUCUGGCCAGGUUCUAUUUCCGAGAGAGAUCUCUUUUUGAAAUCUGGAAUUUUAGACUGUUUAGAAAAAAAUGACCUGGUCAUUGCUGACAAAAGCUUUGAUAUCCGAGAAGAACUUGAAGAAAAGGGAUGUUUUCUUUGCACUCCUAAAUUUUUGACUGACAGAAUUUCAUUUAGCCAUGAAGAACAAUUGUUAUAUCCUAAUGCUACCCAUCAUAGAAUUCAUUAUGACCUAGCUACAAGUAAAUUUAAUAAGUUUAAGUUUUUUGAUGGACAAAUUUCAACAAUGACAUUUGACAUUGUUAAUGAAUAUUUUUACAUAAUUGGUUUUCUCAUUAAUUUUGGAAAGCCUUUAAUACACAUCAGGCAACAUUAGUUUCACAAUUCUUCUGAAGUGGAAGUUACCUGAAACAGCAGCUAAAAUAUAUGGGUUUUUUUAUGCUUUCAUGUAGAAAUACUGCUUUACAUCAGUAAUCAUAAUUUUUAUGGUCAUUAUUUUCAUAUGGUGUAGUUUAUUUUUUAAUCAUCGUGUUAUAUUACAAUGAAUGUUCGUGGUUUGUUAAAAUUGUUCCAACUGUGAUAUCAUGUUAUAGGUAUUCUUUCCAUAAUUUUUUUUAAUGUUUUUUCUGGAACUGAAAAUUCAACUUUAUUUAUUGACAAAUAUUUUAGCAUGUCUUGCAUGAUGAUAUUGUUGAUCUCCUUUUAAUUUUGUUUUAAGGAAAAACCGAGGUAACCGAUAAAGUAAUGUUUUUUAUAAACUUUUUCAUUUAAGAAAAAAAAAAAACUUUUUGCAUUAUAAAAUUAAAUAUCCUAUGCGGUAGUUUCUAAACAUCUAAACUUUUGAAAGCAAUUAGCUCACUUUAUCCAUAUAAUUCUACUCUCAGCUUUAUCACAUCCAUUAACUUCAUUUCUUAUUAAACAUGUAGUUUUUACAGUGCUUGAAUAAUUUUUUUUUUAAUUAUUAUUAAUAUUAUUAUUAUUAUUAUUUUUUUUGAAAAUGUAAAUUGUAAAGGUAAAGGAUGAACUUCAAUAUAAAUAUGCACAAAAGUCUGCAAAUUUUCUAUACUUCAGUUUUUAUUUUUUUAUUUGUCAAGAUUUUCUAGUAUGUCAAAAUAAAAAUGAGGAAAUCAAAUACUUAUACUUACUUCGAAUACAAACAUGCAUUGCAGCCAAAAGGCCAACCCAAAACUGGAACUAACUGCUCCAAAUUUCUUCCAGAGUUUCUGCUUUAAUUCUGCAUGAAGUUGUUAAAGUAAAAUACCAUACUCAUUUUAUUUGAUGUAUUUAUUAAGCAGUAUUAAAUAAGUUUAAGAAUAUUACUUUUAUUUAAGAUUAUUACUUUAUCCAUUCAGUACUUUUGUAGCUUUUUGUGUUCCAUCUGUGCUUCCAUCAUUCAACAAUGUUCGACAAUAUAUUAUGCAUAAUUUAUCUUGUUACUGAUUAUUUCAUUGCUGACAAUUACAAUAACUCACAUUUUUGUUAUCAGUUAUAUUUGACCAUUUAUUUUACAUAGGGAUUAAAAAUCAAAAGUGCUAUGAGUAUUUCUAUUUUAGAAUUGUUCAGAACCUAAAAGCUUUAUAACAAUUUUUAAACUACUACAUUAUUACAGAGAGUUUCAGUAUCCUCCGAGUCACUCAAGAUCCAACAUCAUGUUCAGAAAACAGCCCUUGUGCGAUCUGUUUCAUCUGGUGACAAUUACUUUGUUACUAUACACUUAUUUAUUAUUUUUUUGUCAUUAUAUAAAGCAUAAGAUGUAUAAGAAACGUCAUUAUAAUUGCCUAAACACUUAACUUUUAGGUAUUUUUUGUAAUCCACCGUAUUAGUUUGAGUUUGUUAACAAACCAUGAAUUUCUUACUGAGACUCAGUUCGUAAACUGAUGUCUUUUAACUUUUGUAACUGGUUUUCAUCAACUUUUAAAUUUGUAUAUUUUGUCUUCAACUUAAUUUCAUUUCUUUAAAAAUUAUUUACUUGGGCAAAAUAUAUUUUCAGUGAUGUCUUAAGCUUAUUUUAAUGUACAUUGCUAAUAACUGCUUAACUAAGUUGUGUUAUGUAAGUUGAGCUGAAUUUUAUUCUGCUUUUGUCUUACCUUGUAUUUGUUUUCAAUAAACUAAUAAAAACUUUCAAAAACUAAAAAAUAUUAAAUUUUUAAUGUUU